ACGCCCUGAAGUGGGAUUCCGGCAUUUCCGCCCCGAAGUGUUGGGGCGACGUGGCCUCAGGGCAGCGGUCUUCCUCUCUUGCAGACAAGGUGUACAUGGGCCCAGGGCAGCUGUACCAAGACCUCCAGAACUUGCUGCACGACCUCAACGUGAUCGGCCAGAUCACUCAGCUGAUAGGAAACCUGAAAGGGGUCUAUCAGAACUUAAACCAGGCGGUCGCCCACGACUGGACAGCAGGAUUGCAGAGGCUUAUCUUGAAGAAAGAAGAUGAGAUCAGAGCCGCUGACCGCUGCAGGAUCCAGCUGCAGCUCCCGGGCAAGCAGGACAAGUCCGGGAGACCCACGUUCUUCACGGCCGUGUUCAACACCUUCACCCCUGCCAUCAAAGAGUCCUGGGUGCACAGCCUGCACAUGGCCAAGCUCGCGCUGGAAGAGGAGAACCGCAUGGGCUGGUUCUGCGUGGAGGACGACGGUAACCAGAUCAAGAGGGAGACGCACCCCCUCCUCGUGGGACACACGCCUGUGAUGGUGGCCAAGCAGCCGGAGUUCAAGAUCGAAUGUGCUGCUUACAACCCUGAGCCGUACGUCAGCAACGAAAGCCAGCCGGACCCCUGCUCGGCCGCCCGCGGCUUCCUGUGGAUCGGAAGCUGUACCCAGCAGAUGGGUCAGAUUGCCAUCGUCUCCUUCCAAAACACGGCCCCCAAAGUCAUCGAGUGCUUCAACGUGGAGUCCCGGAUCCUGUGCAUGGUGUACGUCCCCGUCCGGAGCAACCACACGCAGCCCAGCACGGCCCCUGACCCUGAGCCUGCAGCCCCGAGAGCCGCGGACGUCCCCACCGUCUGUUUGGGGACGGAGGAGGGAAGCAUCUCCGUCUACAAAAGCAGUCAAGGCUCCAAGAAGGUGAGGCUGCAGCACUUUUUCACACCCGAGAAGUCCACGGUCAUGAGCUUGGCCUGCUCGUCUCGGGGUCUGUACGCCGGGCUCGUCAACGGGACUGUCGCCAGCUACGCCAAGGCUGCAGAUGGAUCCUGGAACUGCGAGCCUCAGCACGUGAUCAAACUGGGCGUCCUCCCGGUGCGAAGCCUGCUGGUGAUGGAGGACACGCUGUGGGCGGCUUCCGGAGGCCAGGUCUUCGUCAUCGGCCUGGAGACGCACACCGUGGAGAGUCAGCUGGAGGCACACCAGGAGGAAGGCAUGGUCAUCUCCCACAUGGCCGUGGCCGGCGUCGGCAUCUGGAUCGCCUUCACCACGGGCUCCACGCUGCGGCUCUUCCACACCGAGACACUCAAGCACCUGCAGGACGUGAACAUCGCGGCCCCCGUGCACCACAUGCUGCCAG